GACAUAAAUCGCUGAGGGCGGAAGAUGAUAACAUGUUUUCUGUUGAAGCUGUAUCAGAAAUGUGAUGACCUACUUUUGGAUUUUCACUCAGGAGAAACCUAACCACGGUUUCAAACCAUUUUUAAGACUAUGACUACCAGCAUGCGGGCCUCACGAAUGGCGAAGCUCGUCCUGUUAAUAUUGGGCGGGGCAGCAGUGAUGUACUUCUCCACUUCCUGGAUCAGAAGUUAUAAUGAAGUGAGAGCAGUCCAAGUCAGUGAUCCAUGCCAGAGGAACUUCACUGAGUUGUCCAAACUAGAAUCUGUACAGCCAUUACUUCCAAAGGUUUCACCAAAAUUUACAAAAGAGGGUUACUGUGAGGGAUUUUCCAAACGCGAUAAAAAGUUGACUGCAAGAGAGAUGCAUCGUAAAAACAGAUGUGUAGGAAAUUUCAAACUUGACCAUGCACGUGGAAAUGGACAAUUCUGGGAGGGGGAAACUCAGUACAUUCGCCAUACACACCAUAAAUAUCUGAACUCAGACAGUAUAGUUCUUGAUAUUGGCGGUAACAAAGGCGAGGAUGCUGACGCAAUGAUACAAGCUUACCAUCCGGGCACUUAUCUAAUUCUGGAGCCAAUCAACUCUCUCUUUACAUCGCUAGUGGAGAAGUUCCGAGGUUAUAAAAAUGUCAUUUUGUAUAACUUUGGAAUAGCUUCCAAAAACGACAUAUUUUACGUAAAUGUUGUUGGGCACGGUGGGGACGCUACAUCUGUUUUCACAGAAAACAAGGGAGGUAAAUGUGAGCUCAGGGUUUUUAAUACAACCGACUUUAUGUAUCGAUUAGGUGUUCAAUGUCUGGAUGUGGAUCUGAUCACCAUUAACUGUGAGGGUUGUGAGUUCGACAUUCUAGAGACCUUGAUUUCCAGUGGGUUAAUUUCCCGCUUCAAACACGUGCAGUUCGCCACCCACCCAACCUUGCCACACCUUGAGCGACCUGUUGAACGUUACUGUGAAAUCCAGCAGAAAUUAGCCCGGACCCAUAUAAUUGACUAUCAAUACAAAUUUUGUUGGGAGACGUGGAGGAGAAAAUAUGUUAAAUAAUGUAUGCUUUGUAGAGACACUACAAGACGAUAAGACAAGUGACGAAUGAAUACCGGUAUUAUACACGACGAGAAGACACGAGGUCAUGCAUUAAAGGAAGGAUGAAUACUAGGUUAUGUCUGACAAUUUAGAUUUGAUAUGUCGAGGGUAUGGAUGGGAUUGAAUCUGACGACUAAGUGGUGAAUGUGACGUUUAAGAAUUGGAUGACAGGGAAUUUAAAAAAUGGACUUCAUUGCCAUAGUUUACCUGGGUCUUAAUAUCUCUGAUCAAAACAUUCAAAAUUUCGUACAAUCUUCAAAUAUAUAUUA